AUGUCCAAGUGCCGAUAUAUCAGGGGAGAUGAGGGAAGAAGCAUACAAAUACGUCCAGCACUCGCCUGCUCUGAGAUCCUCGUCAAGAAGCAAGCCGGAGUUCCCUUCCAACAACUUCGAUAUCAAACACCGUCAUACGGAGACUCCCAACAAGCUGAUACAAUGUGGUCCCUUGAAGCUUUAUUCCUGGCUGGCCUUGCAUCAGGCCUGACCGUGGUUGAGCACAAGCCCUUCAUGCGCAAGAACAUCGAUCCGAUUGUCUACCCCGGCCAAUACGUCUCCCACAUGCACUCCUUCUACGGUUCGGACGCCCUGACCAAAGACCUCCCUACAACAGCAGAACUACAAAAAGGAUGUCCCUCCGGAGAGAACCCAAACGAUCUUUCUGUCUACUGGGCACCAACCCUCUACUACGUCAACGGAAACACCCACACGGAAAUCUACCCCGCCACCUUCAAAACCUACUACGAAAACAUCGACCGCGCCGAGAUCCCCUUCCCCCGCGACCUCGUAAUGGUAGCAGGCAACGCCUCUGCCAAAUCCCAAACCGACGUCCAGGAAAACCUCAACAUGAUCACCUGGUGGUGCGACGGCAACGGCCCCGAAGAUCGCAACCGGCGUGACCGUGCGGCCCUCCCGCUGUCGACUUGCUCGGCCCAUCUACAGGCCAUCCUCCGGUUCCCGGACUGCGUCAACCCCGACAAGAUCUCCGAGUACACGUACGCCGCCGCCCAAGGGAACAAGUGCCCGGUUGGGAUGAAGAGAAUGCCUAGCUUGCGGUUUUCGAUCAGGUAUAAUACCCGCGGGGCUAUUCCUCAGGGGUGGAAGGGAGUGCCGCCUAUCAAGUUGGCUUGUGGGGAGAUUGGUGUUGGGUAUUGCUUCCAUGGCGACUUUAUAAACGGCUGGUAUGACGACGCGGCAAAGGCGAUGUUGCAGGCGAAGGGACAGUCUUUUAUGAGGAUUGAUGGUGCUCAUGGGAAUGGCAAGACCUACAGCAAGUGCAAGGCAAAGGACCAGGAUCCUAACAAUGGGACUAGUGACUAUCAUAAGAGUUUGGAGAUGAUGGGCAAGGGUGGGCAUUCUUAG